UAACUAGGGAUGCGUGUGGGUUAUUUGAACACUGUUCGAGAUUGGAUUAUGAACGUAUGUUAAUAUAUUAACAUAUUUAGCUGUCUCGGUGGUGGCGAAGAUGGCUUUAAGCAAGGCUAUAAAGCCCGUCUCAUUUCUUUUGCGAGAAUGUAGUGAAACGCUAGCGGUAAGGACAAACUGCUUGGCAUUUGGACCAAAAUAUGCUCGCUACUCAGUGUCGACUGCACGACCUUUAAUUAACUGGACUCCAGUUACUACUCAUACUGAUGGAAACUUCACAAGCCAACCAGUCAGAUUUUAUGCCCGUGCUGCAAGAAAAAAGCAAGAAUUUCCAAGUCAACUUCAAGACCUGCCCCCAUCAAUGCUUAAACUUGAAUAUGCUGCUGUUCCACUCGCUCAAACAACUAGUGAUGUUGUGAAGAAGCUGAUUUCACUGGAACUGGCAAGCCACGGCGAAAAACUGCGGUUAAAAGAAGAACAACUGAUUUCCAAAGUGCAGAGGGAUAAGAACGAUCGUACUUCAACAGAGGUGAAGGUGGCUGUUUUGACUGCAAGGAUCCGCAACUAUCAGGAACACUUGCAGAAACAUCCCAAGGAUAAGGCCAACAAGAGGAGGAUGCUGAUGAGCAUCGACCGUAGGAAGAAAAAGCUUAAGUUUUUGAGGAGGACCCGCUACGACGCUUUUGAGAAAGUCUGUCAGGAGCUGGGAAUCGCCUACACCUUCCCACCUGACUACUACAGACGCGUCACCAAGCGCUGGCUGGCUAAGAAGGCCCUAUGUAUCAAGAUCUUCAAAGAGGCCCAGAGGAAGAGGGCAGAGAGGAGAAAUAAAGUGAAACAGGCUGCCUCCCAAGCAAAGAUUGAGCCAUCCGGGGCUCCUCCACCAGAAACCCAAGAGACUGCAGUCUAAUGAUGUCCAUCUUAUAUCAAUAACUGGCCAACAUAUAUUUAUUGGGAUGUACACCAAGUUCCGUUUAUUAAGAAUCACAAAUAAAUGGCUUUUUUUUUUGUUUGUUUUAUGUUUUUUUUUGUUGUUCUACUUAAGGGGAACAUUCAGU